AUGGCUACCUCCAUACUUCUACUCACAGUCUCUUUGGCCAUCCAAGCUUUGGCACAAAACGCAAACCUCACCGUCUCGUUUUCCCCUGCUACACUGGACAACUGUGCCUCAAACGGCUCUACAGAAGCCAUCAUCUUUACCACAAGCAGUAUUCCACUGUCAUAUCAAUGCUUCAAUAUCGAAGACCUCUUUGGCUCCUCAAAUGCGUCCCCUAGCUGGGGCUCUCGCACGACCGAAUCAGCCUCCCGGACCUAUACCUCUGAAGAAAUCUCCCGGCGCGUCUUCAACGCAAACAGCUACUCUGCUCAAACCAAUUAUUCCAGAAUCUGGUACCAGCAGCAGAAUUUCACGUCACCAAAACAAGGCGAAGAUGCUGCCAGGAUCUUCGAAUGUUUAGCGGCCGAGACUACGUGUCAGAGCUCGGGAAACGGUGAAUGCUACGAGGCUCCGUAUAAUAUCGGGAGUUUCCAGAUCGGCUCUGCGGCAGCUGUCAACAGCGGAGCUAAGAAAUGUUGGGUUGCCUCAACGGGUUCGGCUGCUGAGAGAUUCAGUGGUAGCAAGACUGCUGCCGCCGUGGGCGCUGCGGCCAUACUUGCAGCCGGAAUGUUGAGCUGGUGA